AUGUUCAAAACCCUUAUACUUUAUUUAAUUAAUCCAUUAGCCUACAUUAUUCCAAUUCUACUAGCUACAGCAUUCCUAACCCUAAUCGAACGCAAAAUCUUAGGAUAUAUACAACUCCGAAAAGGCCCCAAUGUAGUAGGACCAUACGGCCUCCUACAACCAAUCGCAGAUGGCAUUAAAUUAUUUACUAAAGAACCCAUCCGCCCAUCAGCAUCCUCCCCUCUAUUGUUCUUAGCCACCCCUACCAUUGCUCUAAUACUAGCUCUCUUAAUAUGAAUACCAUUACCCAUUCCACACUCCAUUAUUAACCUAAACCUUGCCCUACUAUUCAUUUUAGCAAUUUCAAGUCUUACAGUAUAUACCAUCCUGGGGUCAGGCUGAGCAUCAAAUUCAAAAUACGCACUAAUAGGAGCUCUACGAGCUGUUGCCCAAACCAUCUCCUAUGAAGUAAGUCUAGGACUAAUUCUUUUAUCUAUAAUUAUUUUUACAGGAGGAUUUACCUUACAUACAUUUAACCUCACCCAAGAAACCAUUUGACUCAUUAUCCCAGGAUGACCCCUAGCCCUAAUAUGAUAUAUCUCAACCCUAGCAGAAACUAACCGAGCACCAUUUGACCUUACAGAAGGAGAAUCAGAACUAGUAUCUGGAUUUAACAUCGAAUAUGCAGGAGGACCAUUUGCCCUAUUUUUCCUGGCUGAAUACACUAACAUCCUAAUAAUAAAUACCCUCUCAGUCAUUUUAUUUAUAGGAACCUCAUAUAAUCCUAUUAUACCACAAACCUCCACAUUUAGCCUUAUAAUAAAAGCUACAACCCUAACCCUUCUCUUCCUAUGAAUUCGAGCAUCAUAUCCACGAUUCCGCUAUGACCAACUUAUAUAUCUUGUAUGAAAAAACUUCUUACCAUUAACUCUAGCAAUUAUAUUAUGACACAUUACCCUUCCACUUACAAUAGCAAGCCUUCCUCCAUUAACCUAA